AUGAAGGCACCUAGGCAUAUGCAAGACGAUUCAACAGCAGUAGUGGAGCAAUUGGAAACGAUCGACUUAAGUGGUGACCCCUCUGUCCAAAGGCCGAUCUCCAUCAGCGUUCACUUGACAGGCAAAGAGAAUGAAGAUUUAACUUGUCUAUUAAAUGAGUUCAAAGAUGUGUUCGCUUGGAGCUAUGAAGAAAUGUCCGGUUUGGAUCCAAACUUAGCGAGUCACACUUUGAAUAUUGAGCUAGGUACGAAACUUGUUGUUCAACCAAGAAGGAAUUUUCAUCCUGAAGUUGAAAUGCAUAUCAAGGUGGAAAUUGAGAAGCUUUUAGCCGAUGGAUUCAUCAAACCGAUCAAGCAUCCAACCUGGAUAGCAAAUGUAGUCCCAGUUUAA